CCAGUCAGCCCCCUCUUGUCCAUUUUACACAAUCUUCGGUAAUUGUUGGCUUCUUAGCAUUGGUCUACUAUGAUUCUCGGGCGUCUAUCCGCUAGAGCUUUGGUGCUGAACGCACUACCUGCGCUCGUACUUGCACAGACAAAAGUCUUAAUAUCGAACGACGAUGGCUGGGCGACUGCAAAUAUCCGCGCUCUUUACGCUGGUCUUCGAGACGAAGGUUUAAACGUCGUGUUAUCAGCGCCUGCGGAGAAUCAAUCUGGAACGGGUUCACUUGACUUACCUCCAUGGCAGGUUGGAUUCUCUGGGUGUGAAUUCAACUCGUGUCCACCUGGGUCACCGCCAACUGGACAAAACGCAAGUGAUUCGCGGUUGAACUACGUAAAUUCGUUUCCCGCCACAGCUACACGGCUCGGAAUUACGGAAUUCGGACCACAAUUCUUUGGUGGUGGAGAACCAGAUAUUGUCCUCGCGGGACCCAACGUGGGUUCGAAUACAGGAUUAAUACGUGAUGAACUCUCGGGUACCGUAGGAGCAGCUACCGAAGCGGUUCUCAGCUUCGGGAUCCCCGCACUGGCCAUCUCAGCUGCUUUCCCCACCCAAACAUCCUUUACCGUACUCGACGAUCCUACGAAUCCCGCAACGAUUUCCGCAAACCUCUACAGAGAUCUCACGGCUAAGCUCCUUGCCGCGCUCCUCGCACCACAUCCUUCUCUGGGUCUCCCACCGGAUUCACCAAUUUUACCAGCGAACAUACUGCUGAAUGUGAACUACCCUGAUCCGACGACGAGUGCGUUGGCGGGAAAGUGUCAGAGCGCCGAUGCGUUUGAGUUUGUGUUGACCCGUGCGGUGGAUGCGUUACCGCUUUUGACCCCCCUUGAUGUGGUGACGUGUAAUAAUGGUGGGAGGUUACCGACUGAGACGAGUGUGAUAGGGAGGACGGAUGGGUGUUUUGCGACUGUUACUGUUAUUGACGCACGGAUAAAGUUGGAUGCCAGUGCGGAUGAUCAGAAGCAAGUGUUGCAGAGGCUGGAUGGUUUUUUGAGCUGUGUUUGAUUCUUUUCCCUGGAUACUCUGGAUACUUUCCUUUCAUGUUGGUCUUGAGUUUGACUUCGGAAAGGACGCUGAACUUAGGACGGGUAACUUAUCUAUUAUUCAUGCAUACAUGUACAUGAUUACGUUCGCGAUGACCUUCAUUAUGCCUUUGACUUGACUUUUCGUCUAUUCGCAUUUCAUUGUACUUUUUUCUUACCUCACAUCCCUUUUCGUUUGCACUUACAUCGAUGACGGAUAAUUUAGUAUUGAUCAUAUUUGCUUAGGGUACUCUGGAUCGUUAGUUUCUAUUGUGUUGAUUUGUGUAGUCACUCGUUAACUUGAAUAUGAUUUUCAUAAGAAC